AUGAGAGUGCUAACCAUUGAAAUCGCGUAUUUCCUACUAAUCGCUACGGUGAACGGCGUGAGGAGGAAACGUGUUCACCACCCCAGUGAUGAUCACCUCUCCUACGCGUUGGUAAAGAAAAUGGUCGAGCAACUGGAGGAGCAGGCCGAGCUACACUUCUACGAUGACAGUCUUUACUCUAUCACAACCACCAGCAGUAUUCCCCAAGUGACAACCUUGCCGGAAUAUAUUGAUAGUGACAUCACCUUACGUCUUUAUCCGUCUGGAAUAGAAUACGCUUUAGAGCAAAUUAUGCUGGCCAUUCGCCAUGAUGCAAUGCGACACCGUCCUCACACAAUACGAACUUCUUACCAUGGCAUGGACAUCAACAUUAAUUCUAUCCAAAUCGUUGACUUUCUGGUUCCGAAGCUCGAAGCUGAACGUCUCAGCGAGACAAAGUUUCGCUUUUUCACUCAUGGAGGUGGUAUGCGCUACCUCGGCCUUUACUCCACAGUCUAUAAAACCAAGAGGGAAGGCCAAUUCGAAGCGAUCCUGGAUGAUAUACGGAUUCAGCUUGAUGUCGAGUUCAGCGACGAGGAUGAGCACAUUACCGUUACCAAGAAGAAGUGUAUCGCCAGAAUUGAAGAGGUGCUAGUACAACUGAUCCCUCCAAUGCCAACACAAAUUAUAAACCUGUUGAGGUUAGUUAUUAUUCGUUAA